UUUAAUGCCUGAUCCGUCCGAGUGUACCGUUUGUGGUUCUGGUCAAGUUGUAUUAGAUGCUGGUUACUAUUUUUGUGCAGAUUGUGGUGCACAACAAGAGGGUCGUGAAACUGAACAAGAAUUUGGUGCAUAUGGCCAGCAAGGGGCAAGAAUAAAUAGACCUAAAAAAGAUCGAGAUAAUGAACUAAACAAGCGUGAGAGAUUAAAAAAGAUUCGUGAAGAUCCUUUUAUUACUGAACGUGCAAUUCCUGAAGAAGAUUUUCCUUUUUGGCUUGAUCAAUUAGGCAUAAGAUUAUGUACAGCAACGAAGAUUUUAGCUAAAUGUUCUUUUGUUUUGGUUAAUGAAUUUAAUGUUCCAGAAAAAUGCUUGGAGAACUCAAAAUUUAUUUUUUACACUUAUUUACGUCGUGCAGGCAUUGCAUUUUGUGAAGAGGAAACAACUGAUGAUCCAGCAAAAUCAUUUUGUCCUCUUGUUAAGCAUAGAAAGCCGGAAAUUGAAAGUAAAUUAAGACAAAAUCGACUACGAGCAGCUAAUUUAAGAAAACUUUUACAAAAAGACAAGAAAGAGAAAUCAGAUGCUUGGAUGGAUUUAACCUCAACAGAUGAAGCUUUAAAGAAAGUAUUAGAAGAGGAAGAGGCUGAAAUAGCUGCAACAUUAGAGGAAGUCCAGUUUGUAGAAAGAAUUAAAACUAGUCUGUCUGUUGAUGCUGUAAAUAUGGCAGCUCAUAUCUAUUUGGGUAUAGAUUUACUUUUUUGUAUUCUAUAUUUGGCUGUACAUUUAUCUGGUUGUAAUUGGGUUUUGAUUUCUGAUAUUUUUCGUUGGUAUCGAGAAGGAAGAUUCAAUAUUUCUCGUUCACAACUUCUCGCCUUAAAUUUUUCUACUUCGUGGAGUGAGGAAGACAUACCACCUUCAAAAGAAUUAGUGUCAAGUCUCAAUGUUGAUCGACGUUUUUAUGUUAGAAGCAAAUAUAAUGUGCCCUAUUUGGGGAUUCAACCUGUCAGUGAGUCUUUACGUGUUCUUUCUUUUCUUACACAAUUUGCUAAUAUUCCUCGUUCUAUUCAAACAACGGAUUUCCAAAAAGUUUUAUCUCGUUUUGUUUAUAAUUUAAAUUUACCUCUUGCUUUUAACAAACAUUUAAUGACAAUUUUAAAUUUUUUGCCACCUGUUAAUGUUGAUUAUGGUUCAGAACGUUUUUCCUAUGUGCAGCCGAUUGAUGGAGGACUUCGUCAACAUCUUUUAUGUUUAACUUCACGUUCACGUACUAACAAUUCUGGAUUUGGAUUUGUUUCAUUUUUUCAACGAGCAUUUCUCGCUAACAAAAGUCAAAAAUGUUGGGAAAAAGUUGAGGGAACAUUAAAUAAUAGAUAUAUUAAUCCUCUUCUUCGAUAUGGAAGUCAUUGGCAUUUCGUUCCAUUACCUACAGAAGUAAAAGCAGCUGCACUUAUUCUUUUUGCUUUAAAAUUAUUUUUUGGACUUGAUGAUCAGAGAGAAUAUAAUUUAAAACCAAAACAACAACAAUUAAUAGAAGAUGAAGAAAUGAAUGAGGAAAAUGAUUAUUUUAAUUUUGGGGAAUGGUUGACUCAGUUGGAGAUGCGUACACAUUGUUGGCAAGGAACUUCUCCAAAAAUUGUGUUGAAUAAUGAUUUCUAUUGUGAUCAAUUUGAACGUAGCAGUGUUCAAGAAUCAUUAUUAGUUAGUCUUUUUCGCCGACCACAUCUGGGAAUGAGGAUUGUUUCGUGGAGCAGAUUAAACCCAUUUUUAGGGUGCAUACCUAAUACUGUUAGUUCGUAUACAAUCUCAACCAUAUAUUUUUGAAAAUUUAUUUCCAACCUAUUUAUCACCAGCAC